ACCAUGGCUUCCUGCAAACUGCUCGCUGUGCUUGUGCUGGUCCACAACUUUGAAGGUUUGCUUGGGGCUGAGGUGAAGAGCUCCAUCAUUGGGGGAAAUGAUGCUGCAAAUGGCAAAUGGGAGUGGAUGGUGCAACUAAACAUCACAAGUGAUGGCACCAUUAUGUGGGGCUGUGGCGGCACCGUUCUCAACGAUUGGUGGGUGCUGACUGCUGCAUCAUGCUGGGAUGAUGAACUUAAGGUUAACUUGGCUCGAGCAAUGGUUUUGGUCGGCGUACACAGCCUGGAUGAUGGGGCUAAACGUUACAUGGGUGUACAACAUGUCAUCAAACACCCGCAGUACAGAUCCUUUAAGGGUGGCUCUGUGAACAACAUCGCCCUUAUCAAGCUGAAGAAAAAGCUGAUACUCAAAUCCAAAACUGAACAAGUGACUCUGCCCUACGACAAUGAAGACUUUGAUGAAUCAUCUGAGUGUUGGGUCACUGGCUGGGGGAAAGUUGGGACAAGUGAACUGCCGUAUCCAAGAACCCUUCAGGAGGUGAAGGUUCCCAUCGUCCCCACUGAUGUUUGCAAGGCAGAGUAUUAUUGGCUGACUUCUGAUGUGCUUUGUGCAGGGGACAUGUCAGGCAACAAGGAUGCCUGCAAGGGGGAUGAGGGUGGCCCACUGGUGUGUAAGACUCGCAGAGGCCUCGUGCAGGCGGGCAUCGUGAGUUAUGGUAAUGCUGAAGGCUGUGGUCGCCCUAACCACCCUAGCGUCUACACCAGAGUGUCCAAGUUUCUGACCUUCAUCAACGGUUACAUCCACCGUGGCGAGGACGCUUCAGCCGAGGUCUAAGUUUCCCAGAUUUUAAAGCUGUCCAGUAUGCUCACCAGACAGCCCGCCUUACUCUUUCUAAUUCUUCUUGUAUUGUUCUAUCAGUCCAUGUAGUCCUUUACACUGGGUGACAUGUUCUCUGGUUUCCUCAACUAAAUUCUUUGCAUUAAAGCUUUUAAGCAUCA